GCUAAGUGGCAGUUUAUUGUGAAAAACAAAGGCAGUGGACAGCAGAACAAGAAACGUCAUUUUCGGAUUGCUCCUCCUUUUAUGAAGAUUCUGACAAAGGAGUGGCCUUUUUUCAUAUUAAACUUUUUACAAUCCAUUGUCAUUGUAUGAUUGAGGAUUUCUAGACGCUCACCCAGAUCCCUCAAUAGAAAGUGGCCUAACCGGAGCGUGGAAUCUACAGGUCUCUUUUGGGUUUUAUUCAUGCCGAAGCUGUGAGGAAUAUCGAGUGAAUGACUGUGAGUGUGGAGAGAGUGCCCAAGACAGCUAUCCCAGAGAACACCGAAUAUGAGAACUCGAACCAGGGUUAUAUUGUAUUCCCUAUUACUUUUGGUUUUAGUAGUGCAGGUGAGCAGGCCAGUAUGUGUAGAUGUGCCCUCGGAAACAGAGGCGGUCGUUGGGAACCCCAUGAAACUGACCUGCAUCUCCUGUAUGAAGAGAGAGGAGGUCAGCGCAGAGACACGCGUGGACUGGUACUACAUCCCACCUGGCGAAGAACCCAUCCCUAUCUACCUGUUUGAUGGGCACCCCAGGGAGCUGGAUGGGCCUUGGCAGGGUCGCUUGGUGUGGAAUGGAAGUAGAGACCUGCAGGAACUCUCCAUCAGUAUCCUCAACGUCACAAUGAACGACACGGGCACCUACAAGUGUGUGGUGUUCCGGCAGUUUGAGUUUGAGUCCUACUCCCCCUCGGUUAUCAAAACCCUGGUAAUCAACCUGGUGGUCAGACAGGAAGCCAGUGACGACACCACUGCCCUGUACUCAGAGAUCAUGAUGUACGUCCUGCUGGUCUUCCUCACCUGCUGGCUCCUGGUGGAGAUGGUCUACUGCUACAGGAAGAUCUCCAGGUCAGACGAGCAGGCCCAGGACACCGCAACAAACUACCUAGCCAUUCCCUCAGAAAAUAAAGAGAACCUGGGUGUUCCAGUUACAGAAUAAAAGUGAUUGUCUCACACCAAUACGGUACUGACCAAUGGUGUAUCAAGCAGUUCAUGGUCACCUGACGAUACAGACUGAACUCCUUGAAGGGAACAUUCAGUGAAGAUGUCACAACGCCUAUCAACAACUUUGUCUUGGUCUUGUGGUGUGAGCUAGCCAAAUCCUCGAAUGCUCAAGUAUACUGUGGUCCUCUGUAGCUCAGCUGGUAGAGCACGGCGCUUAUAACGCCAAG